AUGUCAAGACAGCAGAGCUCAUUAGGGGCCGCCCAUCAGCAGACACCCCCACAAGCAGAGAGCUCAUUAGGGGCCGCCCAUCAGCAGACACCCCCCACAAGCAGCGAGCUCAUUAGGGGCCGCCCAUCAGCAGACACCCCCACAAGCAGAGAGCUCAUUAGGGCCGCCCAUCAGCAGACACCCCCACAAGCAGAGAGAGCUCAUCAGGCCGGCCAUCAGCAGACACCCCCAAGCAGAGCUCAUCAGAGAGACACCCCACAAGCAGAGAGCUCAUCAGGGCCCGGCCAUCAGCAGGCAAGCAGCAGGCUCAUUAGGGGCCGCCCAUCAGCAGACACCCCCCACAAGCAGAGAGCUCAUCAGGCCCGGCCAUCAGCAGACACCCCCCAAGCAGAGAGCUCACCAGGGCCUGCCAUCAGCAGACACCCCUCUCCUUCAAGCAGAAACCUCAUCAGGGGCCACCCAUCAGCAGACAACCCCCCUCAAGCAGAGAGCUCAUCAGGGGCCGCCCAUCAGCAGACAGCCUCCACCUCCUCAAGCAGAGAGCUCACCAGGGACCGGCCAUCAGCAGACACCCCCCUUUCCCCAAGCAGAAACCUCAUCAGGGGCCUUCCAUCAGCAGACAACCCCCUCAAGCAAAGAGCUCAUCAGGGGCCUCCCAUCAGCAGACAACUCCCCUUCAAGCAGUGGCUCAUCAGGUGCCGGCCAUCAGCAGACAACCUCCUGCCUCCUCAAGCAGAGAGCUCAUCAGGGCCGGCCAUCAGCAGACGACCCUCCUGCCUCCUCAAGCAGAGAGCUCAUCAAUCAGCAACAACCCUCCUGCCUCCUCAAGCAGAGAGCUCAUCAGGGCCGGCCAUCAGCAGACGACCCUCCUGCCUCCUCAAGCAGAGAGCAUCAGGGCCGGCCAUCAGCAGAGAGCUCAUCAGGGGGCCAUCAGCAGACAACCCUCCUGCCUCCUUAAGCAGAGAGCUCAUCAGGGCCGCCCAUCAGCAGACACCUCCCUGCCUCCUCAAGCAGAGAGCCCAUCAGGCCGCCCAUCAGCAGACACCCCUCCUGCCUCCUCAAGCAGGAGCCCAUCAGGGAGGCCCAUCAGCAGACACCCCUCCUGCCUCCUCAAGCAGAGAGCCCAUCAGGGGCCGCCCAUCAGCAGACAACCCUCCUGCCUCCUCAAGCAGAGAGCCCAUCAGGGGCCGCCCAUCAGCAGACACCCACAACCCUCCUCCCCCUCAAGCAGAGAGCUCGCCAGGGGCCUCCCAUCAGCAGAGACACCCUCCUCCCCCUCAAGCAGAGAGCUCAUCAGGGCCGGCCAUCAGCAGAGAGCUCAUCAGGUGCCGGCCAUCAGCAGACAACCCUCCUGCCUCCUCAAGCAGAGAGCUCAUCAGGGCCGGCCAUCAGCAGAGAGCUCAUCAGGGGCCGGCCAUCAGCAGACGACUCUUAAAACACAAGGCCGAAAAUAAGCAGAGCAUAAAAGCAGACUCAAGCCUCUCCCGCCAUAUUUCGUUCAUAUCUAAAUGA